GCCCCGUUAGUGAGUGUUGCUAGGCGACCGCCUGCGGGGUCCCUGGGAAUCCGGAGCCUGCAGGAUUGGGUCGAGGGAAGGCACGGCCGAGAGCGGGACAGCAAGGCUUUACUUCAAGAUGAGCUUCCUUUUGCCCAAACUGACUAGCAAAAAGGAAGUUGACCAGGCAAUAAAAUGCACUGCGGAGAAGGUGUUGGUGCUCAGGUUUGGGAGAGAUGAGGAUCCUGUCUGUCUGCAACUGGAUGAUAUUCUCGCAAAGACCGCUGCUGACCUGAGUAAAAUGGCCGCUGUCUACCUGGUGGACGUGGACCGAACUCCAGUUUACACACACUACUUUGACAUCAGUUAUAUCCCCUCCACGGUGUUCUUCUUCAACGGGCAGCACAUGAAAGUCGAUUAUGGGUCUCCGGAUCACACCAAGUUUGUGGGAAGUUUCAAAACCAAACAAGAUUUCAUAGAUUUGAUAGAAGUAAUUUACCGAGGAGCAAUGAGAGGGAAACUUAUUGUCCAGAGUCCAAUCGAUCCCAAGAAUAUCCCCAAGUAUGAUCUUCUCUAUCAAGACAUUUAGCACAGUCACUGAUGGCAGAGUUGAUGGGAAGGUGCCUGUGGAAGCCACUCUGAAUGCAGCCGGCCUGGGCGCUGGCAGCCUGUGGAAACGUGCCCAGUGCCCCCUCGAGGGAGAAGUGGACUGGCAUGGGAAACAGGCCCACAGUGGAAGGCUGGGCCAGCUGGCUGGGAGCCCACACUGCAGCGCUCCCGGUGCAGGCCUUGGGUAGCAGGUCAGUCUCUGUUUGGACUUCUCUGUUUGCUUGUCUGUAGGCCCUAAGACACAGAGUCCUCCGCAGCAAGGUUAUCUGAUACACAAAUAAAAAGGAAAGUUGAUUCUU